AUGCAUAUCAUUCUGUUUUGUUUGCUGUGCUUUCUCGAAAACAUUGAUUGUAGAAAGUUAACAGAAAAGGAGAAUGAGAAAUUGCGGGGAAGCUGUGGAAAGAAGGAUAGAAGAGCAUACUACAAAGUUUUCGGAGGAUUGCCAGUGAAGCCGAAUGAAUAUCCUUUUUUCGUCUCCCUCAGAUAUGACUUAGGUCGAAAAGGGGAGGAACUAUGCGGAGGCUCACUAAUCUCGCCCUAUCAUGUGCUCACAGCCGCUCACUGCAUCAUCAAAUCAAGUAAUUCUGCCACAGAUGUUUGCGGAAAACCUCCGCUAGAAAGGAAGUUUAACUUUACAUACAAUACACUGGUAAAUAGAUGGAGAAUUUACAUCGGGAGUAAGUGUAGACAUGUGGAGAAAUGCAUUAAACCACUGACUUUUGACAGAAUCUUCGUUCGGCUAGACUAUGACGAAUGCUCUCAUGCACAUGAUCUCGCGAUUAUCACUUUGAGAAGCAAGGUAGGAGAAAAUGCUGGUAUUCCAAUCUGUCUGCCCGAAAGACGACAAGUUCUUCGAAAAUUUCUCAGUGCAGUGGGAGCUGGCUACGAUCCAACACAAAAAACGAGGGAUAAGUUUUUUGGCGGGCUCCAGAAAGCAAGCUUGUUGGCCUUCGAGCGCGAUGAUUUUAUCGAGACAAAGGGUAGAUUCUCUGCAUUGUGUUCGGGCGACAGCGGUGGACCAUUGUUAUCCUCCUACGAAGGUCGCUUUGUCCUAUUGGGCAUUGCUUCUGCAGUCUAUCCAUCGUGUGCUGAGAAUGCCGAUUACAGGCUAAAUCGGUACGUGGAUGUACGUAAAUACCUUGACUGGAUUUGCAAGCAUACUGGAGUUUGUCCGAAACAUCAAGAUCAAGAUGAUGAAGAAAAUGACUAA